GUUAAAAAUAGACUCAGAAUCAAUCACAAACGAUUUACAAACGAAAUACACUAAGAAAACUUAAAAAUAAUCAUAUUUCAUUAUUCCUUCCGGCUAGGGUAUCUGCAAGGCACAAAUAUGUCCAUUGUCCAGUUUUCUACUAUUGUCUACUAUCUGUAGUCAAUGCGAGGUGUGUAUGGGUACGUAAAUAAGCAAUGAUGUUACGUUUGAAUAUUUUGAAAUGAAUGCUUCGCGUUAGGUAAUAGGAACAGUUAUCGUAUAAAUAUCUACAAUAAAAUAUGCUUGCACUGAAAGAUUAUGGUAGCAGUGACGAUAAUAGCGAGUCAGAAAAUGACGAUGAAAGUACAAAGAGUGAGGUUAACUGUGAUGUCGGUGCAAAUAACAAACCUGUUGUUGAAUUACCUCAUGCUGUGGAAAAAUUAACCGCGUCUAUAAACAUACAGAUUUGCUCAGCACCAGAAGUAAUACCAACGGGAUCCGAAUUAUGUGUAAGACACGUAGAUUCAACCAUGGAAGAAGUUACGCACAAUCCAAAGUACGAGGAACUGUUUGCUCCAGAUAUUGGCCCUGAGAAUCCUUUUAAAACGCAACAACAGCGUGCUGUAAAAAAUAUGCUUUCUGGUUAUGUAGAAAAGGCUCACAUAAGCGAAUUUCAAUUCGAAAAUCAAAGAAGAACAUUUGCCAGUUAUGGAUACGCUUUAGAUCCGACCGUAGAUGGUAGCGCGGAGGAAGGUAGAUCGAUAAUAGGAGCAAAAGAAGCAGCAGAAGAAUCUGGAGGCAAAACUGUAUUUGAAAAUACAACAUUAAGACCUUCCGAUAAAAGGAAAAGGCAUAGAAACGACGAUCCUGCAGAUAUCGAAGGGUUCUUGGGCCCAUGGGGUGGAUAUAUAGAUGAAAAACGAAUUGUCAAACCGACGGAGGAAGAAGCUGCUGAAUUGGAAGAAAUAUUAGCCAAAAGAAAUAGAAGAGGAAAACCAACGGAGGAGAAACCUCUCGAAGAGAAGACGGUGUUACAUAUCAAAGACAGUGUCGACUAUCAGGGAAGAUCAUUUUUGCACGCGCCUCAGGAUGUUGGAGUAAAUUUGAGAUCGGAGUCACCGCCCGAUAGAUGUUUCUUACCAAAAGCACAAAUUCAUACGUGGGAAGGUCAUACGAAAGGUAUUUCGCAAAUUAGAUGGUUUCCACGGACGGCGCAUUUGUUACUUUCUUGUAGUAUGGACUGCAGAGUAAAGCUAUGGGAGGUGUAUAAAGAUAGGAGAUGUAUUCGAACUUAUUAUGGUCACCGUCAAGCUGUAAGGGAUAUUAGUUUUGAUAACGAUGGACAGAGAUUUUUGUCAGCUGGGUAUGAUCGUUACGUAAAACUGUGGGACACAGAGACUGGUUCGUGCAUCAGUCGAUUUACGAGUAGAAAAAUCCCUUACUGCGUCAAAUUUAAUCCCGACACAGAUAAACAACAUCUAUUCGUAGCUGGAACAAGCGACAAAAAAAUUAUUUGCUGGGAUGUACGUUCUGGUGAAAUAACUCAGGAAUAUGACAGGCAUUUAGGAGCUGUUAAUACAAUAACGUUCGUUGAUGAGAACCGAAGAUUUGUAACGACUUCUGACGAUAAAAGUCUGCGAGUUUGGGAAUGGGAUAUACCGGUCGAUAUGAAAUACAUUGCGGAUCCUUCUAUGCAUUCUAUGCCCGCAGUAACUCCGUCUCCUAAUCAAAAGUGGCUUGCUUGUCAAAGUAUGGAUAAUAAGAUUGUUAUAUUCUCUGCAUUAAAUAGGUUUAAAAUGAAUCGUAAAAAAACAUUUACGGGUCACAUGGUUGCUGGUUACGCUUGUGGUUUAGACUUUUCCCCUGAUAUGAGUUACCUCGUAUCGGGUGACGCGGAUGGCAAGUGUUACAUUUGGGAUUGGAAAACGACUAAAUUGUACAAAAAAUGGAAAGCGCACGAUGGUGUAUGUAUCGAUGUAUUGUGGCAUCCACACGAACCUUCGAGGCUGGCUACAGCUGGUUGGGAUGGAAAAAUAAAAUAUUGGGACUAAGUGUCAUCGGCGAUUAUAUUUUUACUAAAAAAAAAAAAAAAAGAAAGAAAGAAAGAAAAAAAGGGAAAAAUUAUAUUUAUAUUUUAUAUCACGUGUACAAGGAGAUUUAUUUCGCGCAAAACUUUUUAAUUACGGUAUUAGAUAUAGAUGGAUGAAUGAAGAGAUCGUAAAAUUGUUCAAAAGUAUUUUAAUCGCAAUUGAUAAUUUAUAGUUAUUUUUCGCGAUUGUGAAACGAUUCACAUCUAAAUACGGAUAAUGAAUGAAGAAAGCAUCUUUUUUUUCCGUUUUGUAGCAAUAAAUGAGGCGUAAAAUUAGUCAUAUUGCUAUAUUAUAUAAUAAAAAAAAAAAAAAAA